AUGACCGAUACUGCAGAGCAACAGUCGACCUUGAAGGCAGCCAAGGACAAGAAUUGUCCUUUCUGCGGCCAGGCCUUUACAUCAUCUUCGCUCGGCAGACACCUGGACUUGUAUGUCAAGGAAAAGAAUCCGAAACCACCAGAUGGGAUACAUGAUGUUGAGGAGAUUCGCAAGAUCCGAGGAGGAAUCACCCGGAGACAUCCGCGCAACUCGCUGGCGCGCCGGGAGACAUCGACCCCAGUCGGAACGCCAACCACCACUAGGAAGAGCCCGGGCUCCGAUGCAGAAUCCUCCACGAGGUCGCCAGUACUUCCAAGGUCGGCCCACGGAUCCGUAACCAGCUUGAGUCUAUCUGGCCCUCGGUGGGAAGGCACCGCCGCCAGUAACGAUGCCGCUCCUGACUCGGCAAAAAGAUCGGUGCCAACACGCGCGAUGAGCAGGCAGAUGGUCAAGGCUCAGUUUGAAAUGAAGCAGAAGUUCCAGGACGCUAUAGAUACGUCUAAAGCUGCCGAGCUAGCGCUAAGGGAGAUCAUCGGCUCGUGGAGGGCCGCUAAGACAAAUGUCGACAUCAACUCAAUGCCUUUCGAUUUCGACCCACUAUCUCUGGACUUCCCGGCGCUUACGCUUCAAUGCUUGAAGCAACCACCGACCUUGUUCUCGUCAACUCAGCAUCCCACUGCGACUUCUUGGUCCAUAUCUCCGCCAGGCCAAAGGCAGUUUGAGGCACUCACUGCCUAUUUUCGCGACGAGUUUCUGAAGUACAAAACCAAAUGCAUCGCCGCCGCGACAACUGCAGAAGAAGAUCUUGGCUACCCUGCGCAACUCAAGCUUUCUCAGCCCGACCCCAAAGAAGCUGCCAGGAGAGCGGAGAAGGCGGUGGAGUCCCUGGAGGAGCAGGUCACCGAACAUCUUCAGUCUGCGUACAGCGUCUGGACGACUCUGGACCAGCAGCGCCAGUCGGAACUAUGGGUGCUCGAGCUGGCCAGGAGUGUUGGGCGCAGGCAAACCGAGCUGGAGAAGUUUAAGGAGGCCCAGCAGACGCUGAAGCAGGAGAACGCAAAGCUCAAGACCCAACUGGAGCAGUUGGGCCGUCUGCAGCACUCGCGGGACUCAAGGAUUGUAUCGCCAACCACGAUUCCCAUGAAGGAGGCCAUGAUUGAGUACUUGGAGGAGCAGCGUGUCAAUCACGGCCGCGUGGGUGUUGCUUUGAAAGUAGAUGACGGCCGGUCAGACCUGAGCACAGUAGUUGCGAAGUCAAUCGAGAAGUGGAAAACUGUCAUUGUUAAUGCGCGCGCAGCCAACAACAGUCUAAGUUCGCAAAAGGCUCUCGACGCUGGGCCCAGUCCACUGUCCCCGGCCUUGGUCACAGGAGGAUCACAAGCUUCCCAAUCGCAGUCUGUAACAUCAGCCCCAGACACUACACAUACUGCGCAAACACAACAGCCAAGACCGCAACAACAACAGCAGCAGCCGCAACAACAACAACCCCCGCCGCCCUCGCCGCUUGGAACACCAACACAACAGCAUCACAAUCCAGUAGUUCCUACUCUACAGCAAGCACCAAAAGGUCGGAACCUCAGCACCACAGCAACUGCAGACCAGCCCAGAGGUCCCCAGACCACUGUCGUAUCACAAACUUCCUCGGUACCCGUCACAACUUCAAUGACCUCUACAGACGAUGCAGGGAGCGAUCUGGACGCCGAUGCCGAUGCCGAAAUGGAGGACGACGAUGACGGAUACGCAGCAAUGAACACGCCGGCCAGCCGACCGCUACAAACCAUGCCACCUGCUGCAAAUCCGCAACAAUCAAGCCAUGAGUCGGAUGCCACGAAGCUCGAAGUUCCACGUACACGAGGCCCAGCGCAGAGGGGUGCUGCAGGUAGUCCGUACGCUCGGAGCGUUAGCCAUGCUGCACCGAGCAACAGCCGGGCGAGGGGCUCCCAGCUGAGCAACCGCUCAGCGACAAACUUCAUCCCGGCGGUGCCGAGAAACCAGGAAGCCAACGCCAACGCGAUGUCUCCAUUCACGACGCAGGCAGAGCUGGGAAUUCCCGUUCCAGACAUGAGUGGUGAUCCUAUGUACAUGGACUAA